UUUAUUGAUGGUCACAUGUGUGAAAGGGUUUAUUUAUACCUGUGGAGGAACAUUACAAGGACUAAAUGGCACCAUAGAAAGUCCUGGUUUCCCCUACGGAUAUCCAAAUGGUGCGAACUGUACAUGGAUCAUUGUAGCAGAAGAACCAAACAGAAUACAGAUUGUAUUCCAGUCAUUUGCUUUAGAGGAAGAGUAUGAUUAUUUGUCAUUGUAUGAUGGGCAGCCUCAUCCUGCAAACUUUAGGACUAGGUUAACUGGCUUCCAGAUGCCAGCACCUGUAAUGAGCACGGGAUCAGUACUUGCAUUGCGCCUCACAAGUGACUUUGCUGUCAGCGCACAUGGAUUUAAACUAUUCUACCAAGAGUUGCAAAGCAGUUCCUGUGGCAACCCCACUGUACCACCCAGAGGUAUUCUUCAUGGCACUAGCUUUGAUGUUGGUGAUAUGGUCACCUACUCCUGCGUGAAUGGAUACAUCCUGGAUGGAUAUCCUCGGCUUACAUGUAUAGCUAACUCGGGGAAUAGUGCAACGUGGGAUUUUCCCAUCCCCAUUUGCAAAGCUGAAGAUGGGUGUGGUGGAACUGUACAAGGAUCCAGUGGCAUUGUUUCCAGCCCAAACUUUCCCGGCGAGUACAGCAAUAAUGCAGACUGCACUUGGACUAUUGCUGCAGAGCCUGGAGAUACCAUCUCCCUCAUUUUUACCGAUUUUCAGCUUGAAGAAAAGUAUGAUUACUUAGAAAUUGAAGGGUCAGAGCCCCCAUUAAUAUGGUUGUCUGGGAUGAAUCUGCCUCCACCUAUUAUCAGCAGCAAGAACUGGCUUAGGCUGCACUUUAUAUCAGACAACAAUCACAGGCACAGGGGAUACAGUGCUCAGUACCAAGUGAAAAAGGCCAUAGAUUUUAAAUCUAGAGGAGUUAAGUUGUUCCCAGGCAAAGACAACAGCAACAAGUUUUCUAUCUUGAAUGAGGGUGGAAUAAAGCAAGCAUCCAACUCCUGCCCAGAUCCUGGAGAGCCAGAACAUGGAGAAAGAAUUGGAUUGGAUUUCAGUCUUGGAGCUACAAUUCAGUUCACAUGUGAUGAAGAUUUUGUGCUACAGGGAUCCAAAAAUAUUACCUGCCAAAGGAUUGCUGACGUGUUUGCAGCCUGGAGUGACCACAGACCAGUCUGUAAAGUAAAAACCUGUGGGAUUAAUCUCCAAGGUCCAACUGGUAGCUUUGUGUCUCCCAACUUCCCCUUUCAAUACGACAGCAAUGCUCAAUGCGUUUGGAUAAUUACAGCAACAAGCCGUAAUAAGGUAAUUCAGAUUGAUUUUGAAGAAUUUGACUUAGAGAUCGGUUAUGACACUCUCACAAUCGGUGAUGGCGGUGAAGUUGGUGACCCCACAACAGUACUGCAUGUCCUGACAGGCAGCUUUGUCCCAGAUCUCAUUGUAAGCAAGAACAGCCAGAUGUGGUUACAUCUGCAAACAGAUGAAAGCAUUGGAUCAGUUGGUUUCAAGAUAAACUUCAAAGAGAUUGAUGAAGAGAGUUGCGGUGAUCCAGGGAUUCCACUUUAUGGCAUGCGUGACACAGAUGGCUUCUUGAAUGGGAAUAUUUUGAAGUUUCGGUGUUUGUCUGGAUUUGAACUGAUCGGAGAAAAGUCCUUACUUUGCCAAGACAACAACCAAUGGUCUGCAAAUAUACCAAUUUGCAUCUUUCCUUGUUUGUCCAACUUUACUGACCCGAUUGGAACAGUGCUAUCGCCCGACUACCCCGAAGGCUACAGCAACAAUAUGAACUGUGUCUGGCUGAUCAUUGCAGACUGGGGCAGUCGAAUCCAUCUCUCCUUCAAUGAUUUUGACCUGGAAUCUCAGUUUGACUUCCUUGCCAUAAAGGAUGGAGAAUCAGUUGAUUCACCCGUGUUAGGAACCUUCAGUGGAUCCGAGGUUCCUUCUCAUCUCACUAGCAACAAUCAUAUACUACGGCUGGAAUUUCAGGCUGACCACUCCAUGUCGGGCCGCGGGUUUAACAUCACCUAUAGUGCAUUUGGACACAAUGAGUGCCCUGAUCCUGGCAUUCCCAUAAAUGGCCGACGCUUUGGUGACAACUUUCAGUUGGGAAACUCUGUGUCUGUCCUAUGUGAAGAAGGAUUCAUCAAAACCCAAGGGACAGAAACCAUAACUUGUGCAUUACAGGAAGGAAAGGUCAUGUGGAGUGGUCCCAUUCCCAAAUGUGAAGCUCCAUGUGGUGGCCACUUUUCUUCUCCCAAUGGCAUAAUCCUGUCACCAGGCUGGCCUGGAUAUUAUAAAGACUCUCAGAAUUGUGAGUGGGUGAUUGAAGCUGAACCAGGACAUUCCAUCAAAAUAACAUUUGAAAGGUUCCAGACUGAAGUUAAUUAUGAUGUUCUAGAGAUUCACGAUGGAUCAAAUCUUCUUUCCCCUCUUCUUGGCUCUUUUAAUGGCACACAAGUUCCUCAGUUUCUAUUUAGCAGCACCAACUAUCUUUACCUUCUCUUUUCAACGGACAACAGUCGUUCUAACAUCGGUUUCAAGAUUCAUUAUGAGAGUGUUGCAGUUGAUACAUAUUCCUGCAUGGAUCCAGGUAUACCUGUUAAUGGGCAUCGAUAUGGCCAAGAGUUUUCAAUAGGCUCAAAAGUGACAUUCAACUGUGAACCUGGCUAUACACUAGGACAUGAAGAGCCUCUGAUAUGUGAAAAAAACCAUUGGUGGAAUCAUCCAUUACCAAGUUGUGAUGCACUAUGUGGUGGAGAUAUUCAAGGACCGACUGGGACCAUUUUAUCCCCAGGUUACCCAGACUUUUACCCAAAUUCAUUAAACUGCACGUGGACUGUGGAAGUUUCCCAUGGAAAAGGCGUGGAGUUCACCUUUCACACCUUCCAUUUGGAGGAUCUUCACGACUACUUUCUCAUCACAGAAAACGGCAGCUUUACUCAUGCUCUAGCACGGUUGACUGGCUCAGAAAUUAUCUCACCAAUUAACGCCGGUCUCUAUGGAAAUUUCAAGGCUCAGUUGCGUUUCAUCUCAGACUUUUCAAUAUCGUACGAAGGAUUCAAUAUUACUUUUUCCGAAUACAACCUAGAACCCUGCGAAGACCCGGGCAUCCCAUCCUAUGGCAACCGUAUAGGAGCAACCUUUGGUAUUGGUGAUUCCUUGAUGUUCUCCUGUACCUCAGGUUACCGUCUAGAAGGUGCAUCCCAGAUCUCAUGUCUCGGAGGUGGCCGUCGUGUAUGGAGUGCACCUCUGCCAAGGUGUGUGGCUGAAUGUGGGACAUCUUUAAGAAGCAACGAGGGAAUCCUGCUAUCUCCUAAUUAUCCUAUGAACUACGAAAUCAACCAUGAAUGUGUGUACAGUAUACAGGUUCAAACAGGCAAAGGGAUCAAUAUUUCGGCCAGGACGUUUCAGUUGGCAAAUGGAGACUCUCUUAAGGUCUACGAUGGGAAAGAUAGCACCACUCACCUUCUGGGUGCUUACACCGGCACUGGGAUGAUGGGAUUGACUUUGACAAGCACGUCUAAUCACCUGUGGCUGGAGUUCAACACGGACUCCAAAGAAACUGAUGAAGGCUUUCAGCUUGUUUACACUGGGUUUGAGCUCUCUCACUGUGAAGAUCCUGGUGUGCCUCAGUUCGGAUACAAAAUCAGUGACCAGGGCCACUUUGCUGGCAGCACUAUUUCUUAUGGUUGUAAUCCAGGGUACACUCUACAUGGAAGCAGCCUUCUCAAGUGUAUGACUGGAGAAAGAAGAGCUUGGGAUUAUCCUCUUCCAUCGUGCAUUGCUGAGUGUGGAGGCCAGUUCAAAGGCGAAUCGUCAGGAAGAAUCCUAUCCCCUGGCUACCCUUUCCCAUAUGACAACAAUCUUCGUUGCAUCUGGACGAUAGAAAUGGAUCCAGGAAAUAUUAUCAGUCUCCAACUUCUUGCCUUUGAUACGGAGGCAUCUCAUGAUAUCUUGCGAGUCUGGGAUGGUCCUCCUGAGAAUGAGAUGCUUCUGAAAGAAUUGAGUGGAUCACUCAUCCCUGAUGGCAUCCACAGCACUCUCAACAUUGUCACGAUACAGUUUGAUACAGACUUCUUCAUAAGCAAAUCUGGAUUUGCUGUGCAGUUCUCAAGCUCGGUGGCCACAGCCUGCCGUGACCCUGGUGUCCCCAUGAAUGGGAGUAGGAAUGGAGAUGGGAGAGAACCUGGAGAUACUGUCAUCUUCCAGUGUGACGCUGGCUAUGAGCUUCAGGGAGAGGAGAAAAUUACCUGCAUUCAGGUGGACAAUAGAUACUUCUGGCAGCCCAGCCCACCGUUCUGCAUAGCACCAUGUGGAGGAAAUCUGACAAGUUCUUCAGGAUUCAUUCUGUCCCCGAACUACCCACAUCCAUAUCCUCACGGCAAAGACUGUGACUGGACCAUCUCCGUUAGCAGUGACUACAUCAUAUCCCUGAUGUUCAUUAGUUUCAGCAUGGAACCCAAUUAUGACUUCCUGUACCUGUACGAUGGAGCAGACAGCAACAGCCCUCUGAUUGGAAGCUUUCAGGACAAUAAACUGCCUGAUCGGAUUGAGAGCGGUUUGAACACCAUGCACUUGGCCUUUCGGAGCGAUGGCUCUGUUAGCUUUUCAGGCUUCCACAUAGAAUAUACAGCAAAAUUACGAGAGUCAUGUUUUGAUCCUGGGAAUAUUAUGAAUGGCACCAGAUUGGGAACUGAUUUCAAGCUAGGAUCAACAGUUACAUAUUACUGUGAUGCGGGCUAUGUUCUGCAAGGAUAUUCCACCCUUACGUGCAUAAUGGGAGAUGAUGGAAGACCUGGAUGGAACAGAGCUUUGCCAAGUUGCCAUGCUCCAUGUGGAAGCCGAUCUACAGGUUCUGAUGGUACCGUGUUGUCACCAAAUUACCCCAGAAACUACAGCAUUGGGCACAAUUGCAUUUACUCUAUCUCUGUCCCGAGAGAGUUUGUGGUGUUUGGCCAGUUUGUCUUUUUCCAGACGUCCCUCCAUGAUGUAGUUGACAUAUAUGAUGGACCCACCCAGCAGGCACCUCUCUUGACCUCACUUUCAGGGUCACAUUCAGGAGAGUCUCUCCCUUUAAGUUCCAGUAACCAGAUCACUAUCAAGUUUAUCUCAGUUGGUCCAGAAACAGCCAAAGGGUUUCAUUUUGUUUAUCAAGCUGUUCCAAGGACCAGUGCAACCCAGUGCAGCUCCGUACCUGAACCAAGGUUUGGGAAAAGAAUUGGAAACAGUUUUGCAGUUGGUUCAAUGAUUUUAUUUGAAUGCAAUCCUGGUUACGUUCUGCAUGGUUCACCAGGAAUUAGAUGCGAAUCCGUCCCAAAUGCCUUAGCUCAAUGGAACGACUCUCUGCCCAACUGUAUUGUGCCCUGUGGUGGAAUUUUAACUAGGCGCAGAGGAUCCAUCCUGUCUCCAGGUUAUCCUGAACCGUAUAACAACAAUUUGAAUUGUGUCUGGAAAAUCAUAGUACCAGAAGGUGCAGGCAUACAAAUUCAUGUAAUAAGCUUUGCAACUGAGCACAAUUGGGAUUCUUUAGACCUCCAUGAUGGGGUUGAUACUAAUGCUCCAAGACUUGGAAGCUAUUCAGGCACUACAAUACCAGCACUGAUAAACAGCACGUCUAAUAAUCUCUACCUGAACUUUCAGUCGGACAUCAGUGUAUCUGCUGCUGGCUUUCACCUCGAGUACACAGCCAUUGGAUUGGAUUCCUGUCCAGAACCACUUACUCCCAGCUAUGGAAUCAAAACUGGAGACAGAUACUUAGUAGGAGAUGUGGUAUCAUUUCAGUGUGACCAGGGAUACUCUCUUCAGGGGCAUUCUCAUAUAACAUGUAUGCCAGGACCAGUGAGGAGGUGGAAUUAUCCUAUUCCCAUGUGUAUAGCCCAGUGCGGUGGUGCUCUGACUGAUUUCAGCGGAGUUGUUCUUAGCCCUGGUUUUCCUGGAAACUACCCAAGCAGUUUAGACUGCACUUGGACCGUAAAGCUUCCUAUUGGAUUUGGUGUGCAUUUGCACUUUGUCAACUUUUCCACGGAAAUGAUCCACGAUUACAUGGAAGUCCGGAGUGGAUCUGCAACCACUGGGACAGUGAUCGGUAGAUUUAGUGGUCCCCAGCUGCCAGCACCGCUGUUCAGCACGACUCACGAAACCACCCUGUAUUUUUGUAGUGACUAUUCGCAGAACAAGCAGGGCUUCCGCGUCAUCUAUCAAGCGUACCAACUUCAGAGCUGCCCUGACCCUCGUCCAUUUCGAAAUGGUUUUGUGAUUGGGUAUGACUUGUCUGUGGGGCGCACCAUCUCGUUUGAGUGCUUGCCCGGUUACACUUUAAACGGAGAGGCAGCACUCACUUGCCUUCACGGUGUCAGUCGCAACUGGAACCAUCCGGUGCCGAGAUGCGAGGCACUCUGUGGAGGCAAUAUUACUGCACUAAACGGCACUAUUUACUCCCCUGGGUAUCCCGACGAGUACCCACACUUCCAAGAUUGCUUUUGGAUUGUCAAAGUCCCCCCUGGCAAUGGAAUCUACAUCAACUUUACUGUCUUGCAAACAGAACCUAUAUAUGACUUCAUUACAGUAUGGGAUGGACCAGAUCAGACUGCGCCACAGAUUGGACAAUUUAGCGGAAAUACAGCUCUGGAAUCUGUCUACAGUACAUCUAACCAGAUCCUGAUCAAAUUCCACAGUGACUUUACAACAAGUGGUUUUUUUGUUCUCAGUUACCAUGCGUAUCAGCUACGUGUCUGCCAACCUCCAACAGAGGUGAUCAAUGUUCAGAGUCUGACUGAAGAUGAGGAAUUUGAAAUAGGAGACAUCAUAAGAUACCAAUGUCUGCCAGGAUUCACACUGAUCGGUAGUGAAAUUGUCACUUGCCGGCUUGGAGAACGUUUGCAAAUGGAUGGAGCUCCUCCGUCUUGUCAAGUGCUGUGUCCAGCCAAUGAAGUCCGAACUGACUCAACAGGUGUCAUCCUGAGCCCUGGCUAUCCAGAGAGCUACCCUAACUUCCAGACCUGUGCUUGGAGCAUCAUUGUAGAAAAGGGUUACAGCAUUACCUUAUUGUUUGAGUUCUUCCAGACAGAAAAAGAGUAUGAUGAACUGGAGGUUUUUGAUGGUCCAAACAGCCAUAGCUCCCUGAUGAGCUCCCUUAGUGGUGACUACCCUUUCCCCUUCAACAUAACCAGUAACAGCCAUCAACUUUUUCUCCGAUGGUCAGCUGAUCAUGGCACCAACAAGAAAGGCUUCCGUAUCAGAUAUGUUGCUCUUUACUGCAGCACUCCAGAGUCCCCUCCCCAUGGCUUAAUUCUCAGCCAGACAGGUGGACAUCUGAACAGCGCAGUUCGCUGGGCUUGUGAACGCGGUUACCGACUUAUCGGGAAGAGCACCGCAACAUGCAGGAAAACACAAUAUGGAUUUUACACGUGGGAUGAGCCUGUGCCAGCGUGUCAAGCAAUAUCGUGCGGUGCUCCUAAAGCACCAAUGAAUGGAGGAGUGUUUGCAACAGAUUAUUCAGUAAACACACGUGUCAACUACUUUUGCAACGAUGGCUAUAGACUUUUAUCAAAAGAGCAUGGCAGUGCUGUGUGCCAACAGGAUGGUAUAUGGAGCAAUCAUAACAGACCACCACGAUGUGUGGUGAUAACAUGCCGCAGCAUUAGCUCUUUCACAAUGGAGCAUGGGAGCUGGCGAGUUGUGAAUGGUUCACAUUACGAAUUUGGAACAAAGGUUAUCUUCAGUUGUGAUCCCGGAUACUUUCGAGUUGGACCAACCACUAUUAAAUGUUUGGCUAAUGGAACCUGGAGCUGGGAGAAUGAGAGGCCACACUGUCAGAUCAUUUCUUGUGGUGAACUGGGUCAUCCUCCCAAUGGAAGAAAGAUUGGAACUCAAAUAACGUAUGGAGCAACAGCUAUCUUGACCUGCGACUUGGGAUACAUACUGGUUGGUUCGACUGUCAGAGAAUGCUUGGCAUCUGGGCUCUGGAGUGGAAGUGAAACUAGAUGUUUAGCUGGGCACUGUGGAGUUCCAGAGCCAAUAGUCAAUGGUCAGGUAGUGGGAGAGAAUUAUGGCUACCGAGACACAGUUGUUUACCAGUGCAAUCCUGGAUUCCGACUGAUUGGUUCAUCCGUACGGAUAUGCCAGCAAGACCAUAACUGGUCUGGACAACUUCCAACCUGUGUGCCGAUCAGCUGUGGUCACCCGGGCAAUCCAAUCUAUGGAAAAACCUCAGGAAAUGGCUUCAAUCUCAAUGACAUUGUAUCGUUUUCUUGUAACACUGGAUACGUAAUGGAGGGAACAUCCAGGGCUCAAUGCCAGACAAACAGACAGUGGAGUAAUUCUGCACCAAUGUGCAGAGUGGUGAACUGUUCGGAUCCUGGAAUUCCUGGAAAUUCUAUUCGGGAGAGUAAGAUAGAGCACGGAAACUUCACCUACAACUCAAUGGUGUUCUAUGACUGCAACCCUGGGUAUUUUCUGUUUGGAUCUUCUGUGCUAACUUGCCAGUCCAAUGGAUACUGGGAUAAACCGUUACCUGAGUGUACACUGGUUGACUGCAGCCACCCUGGCAUUCCUCCAAAUGUAAUUUUAUCUGGUGAUAAAUUCACAUUUGGUGCAACUAUUCAUUACUCCUGUGUUGGCAAAAGAUUGCUUAUGGGCCCAUCAAUGCGUAGCUGCCAGAUGAAUGGACACUGGAGUGGUUCGAUCCCUCACUGUUCUGGAGAUGCAGCGGGGAUGUGUGGGGACCCGGGACCACCUGCCCAUGGUUUCAGGAAUGAGAGUGAUUUCAGGAUUAAGAGUGCUGUGCACUUUACAUGCCCAACUGGCUAUAUCUUGCACGGCUCUGUCAAAAGAACUUGCCUCCCAAAUAGUACCUGGUCGGGAAGGCAACCAGAAUGUAAGGCUGUGAAUUGUGGCAACCCAGGGACAGCAGCUAAUGGGAGAGUGUUUCGCAUUGAUGGAACAACAUACUCCAACUCUGUAACAUAUUCAUGUCUGGAAGGAUACUUGCUGACUGGCUCAGCUACACGGCAAUGUACAGUCAAUGGAACAUGGUCUGGCAAUCUACCUAACUGCACAAUAAUCAGCUGCGGAGAUCCUGGUGUGCCAGCGAGUGGGAUGAGGCUGGGGGAUAAAUUUACAGUGGGACAAAAUGUCACUUAUUUGUGCCAGCCAGGAUACACAAUGGACUCCAAGGGUUCCAAGAUCCGCACUUGCACUGGCAAUGGCACCUGGACUGGAUCAAUGCCAUUUUGUAAAGGAGUUAUAUGCUCAUCUCCACCUCAGAUUUCAAAUGGAAAAAUGGAAGGAACAAACUUUGACUGGGGUUCAAGCAUCAGCUACAGCUGUUCUCCAGGAUAUGAGCUGUCGUUCCCCGCUAUCCUCACCUGUGUGGGGAAUGGAACUUGGAAAGGAGAAGUACCACAGUGCUUGCCAAAAUUCUGUGGGGAUCCUGGGGUACCAGCACAAGGAAGAAGAGAAGGAAAGAGCUUCAUCUACCAAUCAGAGGUCUCAUUUAGGUGCAACUCUCCCUUUGUUCUGGUGGGUUCAAGUACCAGGAUUUGCCAGGCAGAUGGAACCUGGAGUGGCUCACAACCACGUUGCAUAGAACCUACACACACAACGUGUGUAAAUCCAGGAAUGCCGCGACAUGGGACACAGAAUAAUACAUUUGGCUACCAAGUAGGAAGUGUGGUCCAAUUUCACUGUAAGAAGGGACAUUUGCUACAAGGAUCUACCACUCGGAUUUGCCUUCCUGAUCUCACCUGGAGCGGCAUUCAGCCAGACUGUAUACCUCACAGCUGCAAACAGCCAGAGACACCUGUCCAUGCUGAUGUGGUUGGCAUGGACCUACCUUCAUUGGGCUACAUCCUCCUGUACACCUGCCAACCUGACUUCUUCUUGGCAGGAGGAUCAGAACAUAGAGUGUGCAGGUCUGAUGGGACAUGGACAGGGAAGGCACCAGUCUGUCAUGCUGGUUCAAAGAGAUCAGAGAAAAGCAGCAGACCUUCAAUUGGAACACCAAGCCCAAAACUGAAUGUUCCAGAUGAUGUCUUUGCCCCACUUUACAUUUGGAAAGGAUCUUACAAUUACAAAGGACAGAAGCAGCCGAUGACAUUGAAAGUCACCAGCUACAACAUAUCGACAGGCAGAGUAAAUGCAACACUGACAAACAGCAACAUGGAACUUCAGCUUUCAGGUAUCUACAAAAGUCAGGAAGCGCGACUUAUGCUUUUGAUGUAUAAAGUGAAAACCGCAGGUCAAGCUUCUGCAAGCAAGAUUAAAGACAAGUGGGCUAUGGAUGGUUAUGUUUCUGCUGAACCUGACGGGGCCACAUAUGUUUUUCAAGGAUUUAUACAGGGUGAAGAUUAUGGGCAGUUUGGAUUGCAGAGAUUAGGUUUGAACUCAUCUCACAAUUCAAAUUCUCCCAACCAACCACACGGUACAAAUAGCAGUUCUGUGGCCAUCGCCAUCCUUGUGCCUUUUUUUGCUCUUAUCUUUGCAGGAUUCGGGUUUUAUCUUUACAAACAAAGGACUGCUCCCAAGACACAAUACACAGGCUGUUCUGUACACGAGAACAACAAUGGUCAAGCAGCUUUUGAAAAUCCAAUGUAUGACACAAAUGCAAAGUCUGCAGAAGGCAAAGCGGUUCGGUUUGACCCCAACCUUAACACAGUCUGUACAAUGGUAUAAGGCAGGAAUAUUGUUUGACUCCAUAGCCUGAUACACAUCUAGCGCUUUGCAUCCUCGGAACAUCCAGAAUUUGACUAAAACCCACUUAUGUACAAUGCACAUUUGGUCCACUGCUACUUAAAGCACACUUUUCAGGAAUUCAAUGUGUCAGAUUAAU